AUGGAAACGGUGGCUAUGGAAACGAUGGCUCUGGGAAAGGAAUAUUCAUCUACAAUGCCACCAAGAGUAAGAGGCAAAGCAAAGGGUCCCAUGCGAGGUGGACCAUCAGCAGGACCUUCCCAUCGACGCACCCCGUCUGCGUUGUUUUCUAGUUCUGAUUCCCGCGAUCAUUGGGGUCACUCCUUUGAGCCAGUGAGACAUUCUGUCUCUUUGAGCUCAUCCCCCUCUUUCCAUCCAUCAUUUGGGCCGCCUGUUCCAGACGAGCCCCAACAUUCCCAACACUCCCAUCACUCCCAUGACUCUCACCAAUCCUAUCAUUCUUUGCAUUCUCAUUCAUUUCAUGACUCGGAUUCUACCUACUCCCCAGCACAGUUUAAUCCGAAUGAUUAUGUCAACGACUAUUUGGGCUACAACCCUCUAGGACCCGAGGAUCACUUUCCUCAUGAAAUGGAGAUGGAUGACGACUCGGACGCUGAAAUGCAGACCGGAACACCGGGCCACCCAAUUAGCAUCUCAAGCGGUUCCCCAUUUCAGGGAUCGCCAUACCGAGGGCCCGAUUCAUACCAAAAGAGGAUGGCCACGUAUGAUUGGUACUUUACUCCUUUGUACCAUAACUCUCCUGCUCAACCUCUUUUGGUUGAACCACAGCUUCAAGCAGUUUCACCUCCACCACUUCCUGUUGAGGAGCCGCCUCAACAGCCACCUCCUGAGCCUCUGAGGCGAAGGAGGAAUGCAUGA